UCAUGGUGUCCUUCAGUCUCAAGUGCUGCCAAGCAUCUGGAGUGAGAGUCUACAAGCCUCACUGUGUCAGAGAUCCCGCUUCCAUUGGAGACCAAUGACGCUGAAACUGGACUUUGUUCUUUUUUGCUUUCCCAGCUCAGCCAGAUGAACACACACGAGCUAGAACUUAUAACCAAGGCUCAGCAUCUGCGCUUGUUGCUCCUCCUGUGCUUGCGUCUGGCGUUGGGCGGCAUCCCUGGUCCAUGCCGACAUUCAGUAACACAGGAUCACCUCCUGAGCCUUAAUCGCCUGAUUGAUAACCAGUUGGACCACGGCUGUUUAAUAACCUAUCCUUUCACAGAGCAUCUGAAUUUGAGUGAGGUCUGUUAUAUCAAAGCAGCCUUCCCACAAAUCCUGGAGCUUCUGAGGACACAUUUCCAUUAUGUCAGGAAUUCAGACAACAGAAGAUAUGUUAACACCUUGGAGAAGGUUAUCUACCAUCUCUAUUCUCAAGGAUGCGUACCUGAAAUCAAUGAAGAAUUUGAGGACAGCCCAGUGAGGUUCAUGACGAUUGUAGAAAGCUCUCCCAAGGAGGCUUUGAAAAAGGCCAGAGGUGUAGUCGAGAUGUAUUUGAGCCUGAUCACAGAGAGCACUGGUCCUGUGGACUGGGACUGUCAUGCGGAGUAUGCUGCUGAGGAGGAUUCAGGAUCCACCUCUGCCGCUGACACCAGCACCGCAGGGGGAUCAUUUUUGGGACACAGGCACUAUUAACCUUGGUUUUCACUCAUGCAUUUCCAGUUUUUGGUACUUUUCCCGAACGUCGAGACGUGCCACUGGUGAGGAAAAAGAGGAAAGCACAGUGGAAGUUCAGUGCCACAGGUGAAAGAUUCACACAUGGUGUAAAACAACACAAUUUGAGAGACACUGGGGAACUGGACCCAACCUCUCGCAAAGAGGACAGCACUUGAUGACGUCUGGGGGACCGUUUCACUCCUAUUCAGCCAGAAGAGUAACACAGAGCAACAGACCGAGAGACAAAUACAGGAAAGAGACUCCUCUCUGACUCACCAGCUGUUCACUGAAUUGGUGGAAAGAAAAAAAGUCUCACGUUUAUUCCAUGCUUGCACCUCUGGCAAAAGCAUAGCUUUGCUGUUCCUGCUACCUCACUUCCAAGUGAGUGCGUUCUCUCGACAGCAGGUUGCAAACCGUCAGACAUCAAAGGUCUGCUGUAAUAUGUCAAUAUGUGGAUUUCCUUAUGUUCUAAGCCAAAAAUAUGUUCUUAUGAAAAUGUUUAAACUGGGUUACGUGGCCAGCAAACCACCCUGCUCCUCCCACCCCUCCUUCUCCCUGCUCCCUUACACCACCCAGUCCUCCAGCUACAUCCGUGUGGUGUUCGCUGUCUCAGCUGAAGGAGGAAUCAGGAGCUUUCCAGCCUGUGAGUCAGAUGUAGUGACGUCUUCCAGCAGCUCAAGGCCUUGAUGCGUGUAUAUUCUUCUCAAAAACUUGAGAAGAAUAUACACUACCAGACAAAAGUUUUAGGACACCUUCAUUUUUCCAGAUGUUAUUUAAAUCUAAUUUUCUUUUACUGCUGAACACACUCGUUAUAUUCUUUCUGCAAUGGAAAUCAAAUAUUGUUCAUAAAGUUCAACACAACACUGUUGCAGAUGUUUCCCACCAAUAUGUUGCACUUGCAGGUUGUUUUUUCUUUCACCUUCUGUCCAGUUCAGUUCAUCCCAAACCAGCUGCAUGCGGUU